UGUAUGGAAAAGUGAAUCGACUCGCGCUGGCGGGUGAAGAUUCUGUGAGCCGUUUGGGGAAACCGUACCGUUAAUAAGAUCUGUCAAAUUUGUGGACUAACUAUUUGACUUGUGUGAAACUGAGGAGCAGCGACUUACUCUUACUACCGACGAGGAUUAUUUUAUUGAAAAAAAAAAGUGUAAAGACGCUGAAAUCGUAACGCUGUAUAUGCAGCCCGUGAACGGAUUCGUGGUCUUGUUGUAGUGAUCGAAAGCUCGCUAUGUCCAGAGUAACGGAUCAUCUGGUGAAAACGCGACAAGAGAGGAUUAAGGAAAUCAGUUUGCGGAAUAAAGAGAAGGAGAGAAUGAAGGAGAGGGAGAAGGAGGCCAGGGAGAGGGAGGCCAGGUACAGCAACGGCCAUCUCUUCACCUCCCUGACCGUGUCCGGGACCACGCUCUGCUCCGCCUGCAACAAGAGCAUCACCGCCAAAGAGGCCCUCAGCUGCCCUACCUGCAAUGUUACUAUCCACAACCGUUGCCGGGACACACUGCCAAACUGCGCCAAAAUGAAGCAGAGGCAGCAGAAGCUGGCCCUGGUGAGAAACAAUUCGGCAUUGCAAGGCGUCACCCUGCGUAACAAGAACCCCAUGCUGAAGGAGAGGCCCAGCUCGGCCAUCUACCCGUCAGAGAGUCAGUCACUGCGCCAGUCCCUGCUGGGCUCCCGCCGGGGCAGCCGGGGCCUCUCCCUCUCCAAGAGCGUCUCCACCAAUAACAUCGCAGGGAACCUGAAUGAUGACUCUCCCUUGGGGCUGCGUAGGAUCCUGUCUCAGUCCACCGACUCGCUCAACUUCCGCAACAGAGCCAUGUCCAUGGAAUCCCUCAACGACGAAGGGGAGGUGUACUACGCCUCCAUGCUGGAGGAGUUGGAGCAGGACGGGCAGGAUUUCGAGGCGGACUCCUGGAGCAUGGCCGUGGACCCGUCCUACCUGCAGACCCACCGCAAGGACGUGACCAAGAGGCAGGACGUCAUCUACGAGCUGAUCCAGACGGAGCUGCACCACGUGCGCACGCUGCGGAUCAUGGACGGGGUGUUCCGGCGCGGCGUGCUGGAGGAGGUGAUGCUGGAGCCGGGCGUGGCCCACGCGCUCUUCCCCUGCCUGGACCAGCUGCUGGCGCUGCACACCCGCUUCCUGUCCCGCCUCCUGACCCGCCGCAGCCUCAGCCUGCAGCCCGGCAGCACCGCCAACUUCACCAUACACCAGCUGGGAGACCUGCUGCUGGAGCAGUUCUCAGGGCAGUGUGCGGAGGAGAUGAGGAAGGCCUACAGCGAGUUCUGCAGCCGACACCUGAAAGCUGUUAAACUCUACAAGGAGCUGAUGGCCAGGGACAAGCGCUUCCAGUACUUCAUACGGCGAGUGAGCCGCGGCCCCCUGUUGCGUCGUCAUGGCAUCCAGGAGUGCAUCCUGCUGGUCACGCAACGCAUCACCAAGUACCCCGUCCUGAUACAGCGCAUCCUGGACAACACCAAAGGCUGUAAGGAGGAGGAGGCCUCCGUCUCGCGGGCCCUGGUUCUGGUGCGGGAGCUGCUGAGCUCGGUGGACCAGCAGGUUCUGGAGCUGGAGCGCACCCAGCGGCUGCAGGAGGUGCGGGCGAGGCUGGACCCGCGGGCCGAGGCGGGGGUGCGGGGCGGGGGCGUGUUUCGCGGGGGCGAGCUCACCCGCAGGAGGCUCAUCCACGAGGGCACGCUGCUGUGGAAGACGGGCAGCUCCAGGCUCAAAGAUGUACAGGUCCUACUGAUGACGGACAUCCUGGUGUUCCUGCAGGAGAAAGACCAGAAGUUCAUCUUCCCCUCUUUGGACAAGUCCCCCGUGCUGUCCCUGAAGAACCUGAUAGUGCGGGACAUAGCCAAUCAGGAGCGAGGGAUGUUCCUCAUCAGUGACUCCACCCCACCGGAGAUGUACGAGCUGCACGCUGCCUCCAAGGAUGACAGGAACACCUGGAUGAGACUCAUUCAGCAGACCGUCAGCAGCUGUCCUUCCAGAGAGGAUUUCCCCCUGAUAGAGACGGAGGACAAGGCCCUGCUGCGCAGACUCAGAGCUGAUAUCCAGCAGAAGGACAGGGAGGUGCUGGAGCUCCUGCAGGAGAGGGUGACCCUGUUCUCCGACCUGGCCGAGGUCACCGGGGGUCAGGAGGUCACGCUCCCGGCCAGCUCCCGGAACCUCUUCAGGGCCGACACGCCCCAGGCCCCCCGCGGGGAACGGCUCCUGACGGACGCCAUCGCCGAGGUGGACCGGCUGAGCGAGCUCCUGCUGGGAGCCAACCUCGAUCCCCCGCCGCCCAAACCCGCCAACAACAGCCGGCAGAAGCACCGGGGGGCGCUGCUGAUCAACGGACAGGAGAUAUCCAUCAACGGGACUCACGACAGCCCGGCGCCUAAGGACAGGAAUGGGAAUCAGCUGGAGGACAGGCCCCUAAACGAGGAGGUGUGUCAGCGGCUUGUUAACCUGAGUGUUCAGCUCCAUGCUCUCCAGGGGGUAGUGAUCAGGCAGGACUCCGCUCUGGAGGUGUGUCUGAGGGAGGGCUCGGUCUCCACCGCCGGCCCCGCGGCCCCUCCCCCUCCCGCCUCCACCCCGGCCCGGCUGUGCCGCUCCCUGUCACGUGACGCGGGCCUCGACGCCAGCGCGGGGGCGGCCAUGGGGGACCUGGCCCUGCUGCAGCGCCAGCACAGCCUGCUGCAGGAGGAGCUGGGCCGGCUGCGGCCCACCGAGGGCCGGCUGAGGGAGAGCGAGAGGGCCCGGGCCCUGCUGGAGCAGCAGGUGAAGGACCUGAGGGCCAACAGCGCCGCUGCUGCAGCGCCCCCGGGGGACAGCGCUGGAACUGCAGGCUCAGAGCAGGCUCCGCCUCCCCAGCGCAGAGGAAGCAAGUCGGAUCCCGCUCCCGUCGCCCCGUUGGCCAGCCAGGAAUCGGCGGACCAAUCGGACGGCCCGCAGGAGUGCAGCGACGUGGAGGUGAACUCGGACGAGGAGGAAGUGGAGGUUGACGUGGAAACGGAAGUGGACGAGAGGGUGUCGCCCCGGUCUGACAGCCCCCGAGAUCUCCAGGACAUUCCAGAGGAGAGUGAGAGUGGGGUGGAGCACCGGUAGUCUGGAGGAGGGGUAGUCCCAAAACAGAGCUGGGCCUCAGCUGUACCCCGAAAUGAGACUUUACAAAGACUGGGCCAAUUCAGCCAAUUACGCCAAUACACUGGAUUGGGCGUCCUCUGUGUACAAACAAAUAUGCUGUUUUUCAUGUGUAUGUGUGUGUGUGUGUGUGUAUGCAAACACACACACACACACACACAUGUGUAUAUAUACUGUCUGUCUGUGUCAUGCAAAAAUGCCUUGGAUGUGGGAAAAAAAAAAAAAAGUCAUUCUCAGGAACAGGAAAUAACAAUUGUUUUUUUAUUUUAUAUAUGAUUUUAUGUGCCAGCAAAGUAUCGUGGUUUAAUCACUGGGGGUUUUUAACCAGUUUUACUAGUUGUUGAGUUAGUUAAUAUUUACAGGCCAUAGAGCUGGGUGAAUUCUUUUCAAGGGGAAAAAGACAUACAAGGAUUUUGUGUGACACCAACAAUAUAAAUAUAAUUAUACUUGUACAUGUAAUACUAUGAGGUAUUGUACUAUAGUUUAUGAUUAAUUAUUUGAUUUUGUAGUAAAUGUUUUUUUGGUUUUUUGUUUGUUUUUCCACUCCUCCCCUACUCUCACGGUUCUACCUCUCUCCUUCUUUUAACUGAGAGAAAGAGGGAGAGAGAGAGGGAGAGAGAGAGAGAGAGGGAGAGAGCAAGCAAAAGAUAGUGGGCGGAGUCAGAUGAGAAUAACAGUACAGAUUGGGCUCUGGCCUAAAUUCAAUCAGCAUUUGUCCUUAACUAUGACUAUAACUAUAUGUGAAUGCGUUAUACUUUUUUCUUCACAAGAAACUUGCAAGCUGGUUUUUGAGUGACUGCUGAAACUUCCUAAACCCUGUUUGCAUAAAUUAAGUGCUUUAGUCUUAAGUAGAGAGACUAAAGUAGGUAUUUCUCUUAAGUCAAUAAGUUACUUUUUGCUUGUUAACUGAAAUAGUCUUGACCAUAGUCUUAACCCAUUGAAAUUGAAAUUAGUCAAACUGUCUCACCUCAUUAGCAAUUUCCAUUUAUUUUCCCAAAAAGUCAUAGAAAUAAGAUCAAAAUAAGAUCUUAGAUUUAAGUCUAAAUGUGAGUAUAAUACUUAAGCUUGUCUUGUUUUUUAGUUUUUUGCAGCAAAGAAAAAAAAGAAAAAGAAAUGACUCUCGCUUCUGGCUGGUAAUCGAAGUUAAGGGCAAAUGUGGAUUGGAUCUUAGCCAUGUGUCCCACUGAUAUGAGUGUGAUUCAGCCCCACCAUGGUGCAGUCUGGGCUCUGAAGCACACUGGGUCACUGGGGACAAAAAUUAGGUUCAUGGGGGAAGUGGAAAGCAAAUGUACUGUAUACAAAUGAGAACUCAGAAAUCCCCCUGUUCUCCUGUUCUCUCCAUCCUCCAUCCACCUCAACUGAACACUUGAAUCCCCCUUCCCCCCCCCCC